CACUCACUCGCUCACUCUCUCCUUCUUAUCCUUCCUGUUCGGCCCGGCUUGGGUACCCCAAUUCUUCCUCCAGUUCCCUCAUCCCCUGAUCCCCUCGCAUCCUCUUGUCUCCAUUCAACUUUCAGUUCAGGCACUUUAAUGGGGAACCACGAAACCACAAUGGGGAAAAUCCAGGCGAAUCCAUGAGAAAGGCCCCGCCCAGACGUGGGUGAGUGUGAUUGAUUAGUUCCAUAUGUGUGGGGGCACCGUGACAAUCAUGGAUGGAGUCUCCGCGGAAUUCUUUUCCACGCCAAGUCAAUCUUCCGCCAACAUCAAUCCCAUCCAUCUAUGCAAGUCAAGCGCACGCCUGCUGGAAAGUAGAUGCAAGAACCCGUCCCCCCAAAGAAGAGAGGUCGAAGAAACCAAUAUCAUGGCUAGCAAUAGCUCGAAAGCCCACGCUAACUAUCGCAGCAUGAGAGGUCUGGUGAUGGCCGCGCAGGGCCCAAGCUUUUCUCAACUGUGUGAAUUGGGCAGGACUGUCUCCCUCCCCUCCCGUUCGUCUUCUGCUUCCUCUCUCCCUUGUUCUCCUGUCACUCCUUGCCACUUCUUCUUUUCGUCUAGGUGCGGAUGCCCACCUACAGGAGAUCAGGGGUGUGCGGGCUGGUUCCCGCAUCGCCAUGAGACACUCGGGGGAGUGCGUUUCUUCUCCAGGCUAGCCGUUGGCACAAGGGGCAUGUUCAGUGCGUCAAUCUGCAGUUUCCACCGGUCGGGCGGGGCAGCUGGCUCACUAUCGCCAGUCAGGCCAUUUUCAUCAACCAGGCCCGAGCCCGUAUUCGAAACCUGAACACACGGGGUGACGGUCUGUUCGAAACGUCCUCAGUGGAAGGGUGUGAAAGUCACAAGAUCACCGAGCUUUCCCGGGAGCCAUGGUUGAAGGAGAGGAGGCGACGGCAACAAGCACGGUCAAAACUUAGUUCGCUACACCUCAGAGUGUCGACUCAUCAUCAGUUCUAUUCAAUUCUCCUGGUGUCCUGAUCUCUCGCAAAGAAAUCGUCGUUAGGAUCCUUUGCGCAUCACAAAAAAGCCCUUGACUUACAUGUUUCGUGACCGAUGUGACCCCUUGGCUGGCCUUGCCCGUCAUUUGUC